AUGCCAUCUGGGAACACAUUCAUCUUUUAUUCCUUUGUGAAUUCCUUUCUUAACUUAUACCUACCAGAACCCCUUUCAUUUCAUAUUCUUUUCGGAAACCCUUUCUAUCCGUAUGCCUUCUGGGACCCCAUUCAUUUGUUAUUCUUUUAUCCCCUUUCAUUUGAUAUUCUUUUCGGAAACCCAUUCUAUCCUUAUGCCUUCUGGGACCCCAUUCAUUUGUUAUUCGUUUGUGAAUUUUUUCUUUCCUUAUGCCUCCCAGAGCCCCUUACCUUUGUUAUUCGUUUUGGAAAACCUUUCUAUCCGUAUUCCUUCUGGGACACCAUUUAUUUGUUAAUCCUUUGUGAAUUCCUUUCUUUCCUUAUGCCUCCCAGACCCACUUUCAUUUCAUAUUCUUUUCGGAAAACCUUUCUAUCCACCCCUUUUCAUUUGAUAUUCUUUUCGGAAAACCUUUCUAUACGUAUGCCUUCUGGGACCCCAUUCAUUUGUUAUACCUUUGUGAAUUCCUUUCUUUCCUUGGCCCCCAGACCCCUUUCAUUUGUUAUUCUUUUUCCGAAACCCUUUCUAUCUAAUUCCUUUCUUUCCUUAUGCCUCCUAGACUACUUCUCAUUUGAUAUUCUUUUUCAGAAACCGUUUCUAUCCUUAUGCCUUCUGGGACCCCCAUUUCUUUGUUGUUCCUUUUGCAUCCCAGACCCCUUUCAUUUGAUAUUCGUUUCGGAAACACUUUCUAUCCGUAUACCUACUGAGACCCCAUUCAUUUGUUAUUCCUUUGUGAAUUCCUUUCUUUCCUCAUGCAUCCUAGACCACAUUUCAUUUGAUAUUCGUUUCGGAAACCCUUACUAUCCGUAUGCCUUCAGGGAACCCAUUCAUUUUUUAUUCUUUGUGAAUUCCUUUCUUACCUUAUACCAACCAGACCACCUUUCAUUUGAUAUUCUUUUCGGAAACCCUUUCUAUCCGUCCGCUUUCUGGGACCCCAUUCAUUUAAUUCCUUUUCUUUCUUUAUGCCUCCCAGAGCCCCUUACCUUUGAUAUUCGUUUUGGAAACCCUUUCUAUCCGUAUUCCUUCUGGGACCCCAUUUAUUUGUUGUUCCUUUGUGAAUUCCUUUCUUUCCUCAUGCCUCCCAGAUCCCAUUUCAUUUCAUAUUCUUUUCGGAAACCCUUUCUAUCCACUCCCUUUCAUUUGAUAUUCUUUUCGGAAACCCUUUCUAUCCUUAGGCCUUCUGGGACCCCAUUCAUUUGUUAUUCCUUUGUCAAUUCCUUUCUUUCAUUAUGCCUCCCAGCCCACCUUUCAUUUGAUAUUCUUUUCGGAAACCCUUUCUAUCCGUAUGCCUUCUGGGACCCCAUUCAUUUUUUAUUCCUUUGCCCCAUUCAUUUGUUAUCCUUUUGUGUAUUUAUUUCUUUCCUUAUGCCUCCCCCCCCCCUUUCAUUUGAUAUUCCUUUCGGAAACCCUUUCUAUCCGUACGCCUUCUGGGACCCCAUUGAUUUUUUAUUCUUUGUGAAUUCCUUUCUUUCCUUAUGCCUCCCAGGCCCCUUUUCUUUUGAUAUUCUUUUCGGAAACACUUUCUAUCCGUAUGCCUUCUGGGACCCCAUUCAUUUGUUACUCCUUUGUGAAUUCCUUUCUUUCCUUCUGCCUCCCAGACCCCCUUUCAUUUGA